UUGCAGUUUUCAAAAUCUCUACAAUUUCAGCUUCUUCUGAAACCAUGAUCUGUGGAUUUUCUGGCUUCUGCGUCGUAUUCAUAGGGCAAAUACAUUAUGGAUUUCAUGACUAUGACAUGGUACAAUACAAUAUCCAGUGAAAAAUGUAUUUUUUCCGAACAGUCACUUAGUAAUCCUGGGAAACCAGUAAGCGUAAAUUGUGACAGUAAAUUGUGGGGGGACUCCCUGAGGAUGUGAAAAUCAAUAUACAAACACAGGCAAUGCCCAGGUUGCGAACGGAAUUUGUUCUUCAGUCCGUUCACAAGUCAAAUUCUGUGCAAGUGAGAACACAACGCACGACAAUAUAAAAUAGUCGUACAUAAGUAAGAGGAAACGCUCGUAUUUCAGAUCUUUAAAAUUAAUAUUAACACAUAUCUGUAAUGGGAUCUUGUCCACAAGUACGAACAUUCGUGAGUGAAUCGUUCGUAAAUCGGGGAGCCCCUGUACCUGUUUGCCUUUUAAACACAUUAUGCGACACUUUGCAAAGAGUUUUAAAUGAAAAUUAAUCAUGAACAUUUGUGGUGUGGAUUCUAUUUGAUUAAAAACGCAGCAUUCAGAGUGUAACGCCCUACUGAAUCCCAUUCGUAACUAAAUGUAGUUUUGCAUGUUAGAAUCGGCCCCUUUGCCUGUAUGCAGCAAUAUUCCAGCUCAAUGCAACAGGGACUUUGCAUGAACGCUUCCAAUCUGACGGAAUCAGGCCGGGGCAGAGCCGUGUAAAAUUGGGGGUGUCGCUCCUGCUGCUGCAUUCGGUACCAGUCAAUCUCCUGGACCAGACGCGGAGGCAGCAGCCUGCUCGAUCACGCGCAUGCGCGGCGCCUGUCUCCAGGAUCCCCAGCAGCUGGAAGAUGCUCUGGUGGCGUAUUUGAUGUUUUACUGACAUACGCCAUUGAAACAAACAACAACAACAAAGAUAAAAUGUCCACCAAAGCGGAGCAGUUUGCAUCUAAGGUCCGUUAUUUACAAGAGUACCACAAUCGUGUUCUUCAUAACAUUUAUCCUGUACCAUCUGGAACUGAUAUAGCAAAUACAUUGAAGUACUUUUCACAGACGUUGUUAAGCAUUUUGUCCCGCAUAGGGAGGAAGGACAACCAGGAUGGCUCCAAUUUGACAGUGCCCAUGACUAUGUGUCUUUUUCCUGUGCCAUUCCCACUCACCCCAUCCCUAAGACCACAAGUCAGUUCCAUCAACCCUACUGUUACUCGCUCCCUCCUUUACAGCGUCCUCCGUGAUGCUCCCUCUGAGCGUAGUCAGCAAAGUCGUGAUGCACAACUUUCAGAAUACCCAUCUUUGGACUAUCAAGGCCUUUAUGUGACAUUGGUGACUCUUCUUGACCUGGUUCCUUUGCUACAACAUGGCCAACACGACUUGGGACAAUCCAUAUUUUAUACGACAACAUGCUUGCUACCAUUCCUCAGUGACGACAUUUUGAGUACUCUACCUUAUACCAUGAUUUCCACUUUAGCAACAUUUCCUCCAUUUCUUCACAAGGAUAUCAUUGAAUAUCUGAGCACAUCUUUUCUCCCAAUGGCAAUAUUGGGAUCAUCUAAGCGAGAAGGUGUUCCACCUUAUGUGAAUUAUUCUGCCUCUUCAAUGCUGAUGAUUGCUAUGCAAUAUACCACAAAUCCAGUGUACCAUUGCCAGCUUUUGGAAAGCCUUAUGAAAUACAAGCAAGAAGUCUGGAAAGAUUUGUUGUAUGUGAUUGCAUAUGGCCCCUCUCAAGUUAAGCCUCCUGCUGUUCAAAUGCUUUUCCACUACUGGCCUAAUUUAAAGCCACCGGGUGCUAUCUGUGAAUACAGGGGGCUGCAGUACACAGCAUGGAAUCCAAUUCACUGUCAGCAUGUCGAAUGUCAGAAUGCAAUCAACAAACCUGCUGUGAAGAUGUGCAUAGAUCCAUCCAUUUCUGUGGCAUUAGGUGAAAAACCACCUCCAUUAUACCUGUGUGAAGAAUGUAGUCAGAAGAUUGCAGGAAUCCAAUCUGAAUGGUUAAUUGAUGUUCUGCUACCACAAGCUGAAAUUUCGGCUAUUUGUCAGAAGAAGAAUUGUAGCUCGCACGUUAGGAGAGCCAUUGUUACCUGCUUCUCAGCAGGAUGCUGUGGUCGUCAUGGAAACAAACCAGUGCGUUAUUGCAAAAGGUGUCAUUACAAUCACCACAGCAGUGAGAUUGGUGCUGCUGCGGAGACUCACCUGUACCAGACUUCACCCCCUCCAAUGAACACUAGAGAGUGUGGUGCAGAAGAGCUAGUCUGUACCGUGGAAUCAGUAGUCAGUUUGCUAAAAGAAGCUGAAUAUCAUGCCGAGCAGCGGGAGUUUGAAUUAAAUAGAAGAAGACAAAUGGGAUUGUCCUUAUCCCAACCUUCUUUAGACAAUAUGGAGUAUGAUAACAAGGAUGAUGAUAAAAAUGAUCAGCGACUAUUAAGUCAGUUUGGAAUAUGGGUUUUGGUCAGCCUUUGCACUCCAAGUGAAAACACACCUACAGAAAGUCUAGCCAGGUUGGUUAGCAUGAUGUUCCAAUGGUUCCAUUCUACUGCAUACAUGCUUGAUGAUGAAGUGGGGAGCCUAGUGGAAAAGCUCAAGCCUCAAUUUGUCACCAAAUGGUUGAAGACUGUUUGUGAUGUUCGAUUUGAUGUCAUGGUCAUGUGUCUUCUUCCCAAACCCAUGGAGUUUGCAAGAGUUGGUGGGUAUUGGGACAAGCGCUGCAGUACUGUGACACAGCUAAAGGAAGGCUUGAAUCGUAUUCUGUGCCUUAUUCCAUAUAAUGUUAUAAAUCAAGCUGUGUGGGAAUGCAUUAUGCCAGAAUGGUUGGAAUCUAUCCGAACUGAGGUGCCGGACAACCAAUUAAAAGAGUUUAAAGAGGUUUUAAGCAAAAUGUUUGAUAUUGAACUUUGUCCAUUACCCUUUUCCUUGGAGGAGAUGUUUGGUUUUAUUAGCUGUAGAUUUACUGGCUACCCCGCUUCAGUACAGGAACAAGCUUUGCUUUGGCUUCAUGUUUUAUCAGAACUAGAUAUUAUCGUCCCUCUCCAGCUAUUGAUCAGUAUGUUUUCCGACGGAGUUAACUCAGUUAAGGAAUUGGCAAACCAAAGAAAAGCAAGAGCCAAUGACCAGCCAGGAAACCUAACUCGAAGGGUUAGUGUUGUAUCAGAUCCUGGACGCAGAUGCCAACAUGUUACUCUAAGUCCGUUUCCUAGCCCCUUUCGUAGCCCAUUCCGUAGUCCAUUGCGCAGUCCAUUCCGUGGUUGUUUUAAGAAUUUCGGAUCUGCAGGAGGAAGACCCAUUGACUUUGAUUCUGAUGAUGAUGAGAUGAACUUAGCUUGCUUUAUUCUGAUGUUUGAUUUGAUAUUGAAACAGAUGGAAUUGCAAGAUGAUGGUAUGGUUAUGGGUCUCGACCAUGGAUUAGCUAAGGACAUAAUUUCCAUCAUAAACAAUGUGUUCCAAGCUCCCUGGGGAGGCUCACAUACUUGCCAGAAAGAUGAAAGUGCGGUUGAAUGCAACCUAUGUCAAUCCAGCAUUUUAUGCUACCAACUCGCAUGUGAGCUGCUGGAGCGAUUGGCACCUAAAGAGGAAAUCAAACUGGUGGAACCAACUGACAGCUUUGAAGAUAGUAUGCUGUUUUCUAGACCUGAAUUCACUAUAGGUUUUGAAGGAGAAGAAGAUGAUAAUUCAAAAGAGGAAGAAAAUCAACAGUUUAAUAACGGAUGUGAAGAAAAGCCUGAAAUGAAAAAUAACGCAGAGAGGACCUUUGAUUAUGAACAACUCCCUGCUACGUUGAAGUUGAUACAUACAAUAUUGCAGGAAAUCCCAAAUUGUGAGGAGCCAGACAUUCUUUUCAACAUGCUCAACUGUUUAAAAAUAUUGUGUCUCCAUGGGGAAUGUUUGUAUCUCGCCAGAAAGGAUUAUCCAAACUUUCUUGCUUACAUUCAAGAGAAAAUGUUGAUUUCCAGCCUAUGGAAAGUACUUAAGUCUGAAUUCUCCCAGCUUGCCUCUGUGGCAAUACCCUUGUUCCUGCAUGCUCUUUCUCUCUCUCGUGGUGCUGAUAUAUUCUGGGGCAUCAUUGAUAGCAAUUUUAACAGCAAAGACUGGAAGAUGCGUUUUGAAGCUGUGGAGAAAGUAGUGGUUCUGUGCAGAUUUCUGGAUAUCCAAUCUGUGACAAAGAAUCAUGUGCUGAAGUACUCUCUAGCCCAUGCCUUCUGCUGUUUCCUUGCUGCAGUUGAAGAUGUUAAUCCAGCAGUGGCCACGAGAGCCAGACUUUUGCUUGAUUCCAUCAAAAGACCAGCUUUACAAGGUCUCUGUCUUUGCCUCGACUUUCAGUUUGACACUGUGGUGAAGGACAGGCCAACAAUCCUCAGCAAAUUAUUUCUUCUUCAUUUCUUAAAGCAAGACAUUCCAGCUUUAAGCUGGGAGUUUUUUGUCAAUAGGUUCGAUACCUUGUCUCUAGAGGCGCAACUUCAUUUGGAUUGCAAUAAGGAAUUUCCAUUCCCUACAACUAUCACUGCUGUAAGGACAAAUGUUGCUAAUCUAAGUGAUGCUGCCAUGUGGAAGAUCAAACGCGCUCGCUUUGCACGAAACCGACAGAGAAGUGUGCGAUCUCUUAGGGAUAGUGUGAAAGGUCCAGGAGAGUCAAAGAGGGCACUUUCUCUUCCAGAAACUCUAAGCACCAAACUGCCUUUGCGACUGACAAGACAUGAGCAAUCAGCUCCAACUCUUGGUGCGAUGAUGGAGCAUGCUAUGCAUGGUCAGCAGGCCUCAGAGGAUGAUGCAAUCAUUAAGGAUCCUUUACCUGAAGAUGCCGGCAUUGAUCAUCAAACAGUCCAUCAGCUAAUCACAGUUCUAAUGAAAUUCAUGGCGAAGGAUAAAAGCAGUGCUGAAACUGAUAUCAGCAGUGCCAAAGCAUUCAAUACAGUAAAGCGGCAUCUGUAUGUGUUACUUGGCUAUGACCAGCAGGAGGGGUGUUUCAUGAUUGCCCCUCAGAAAAUGAGAACUUCCACUUGCUUCAAUGCUUUUAUUGCCGGAAUAGCACAGGUUAUGGAUUACAACAUUAGUCUGGGCAACCAACUCCUUCCUCUGGUGGUGCAAGUGCUAAAAUAUUGCACCUGUCCACAGCUUCGCCAUUACUUUCAACAACCCCCACGUUGUUCACUUUGGACUCUGAAACCUCAUAUACGACAGAUGUGGCUGAAGGCUUUGCUCGUGAUUCUGUACAAGUAUCCUUACAGGGAUUCCGAUAUCAGCAAAAUUGUAUUGCAUCUGAUCUAUAUUACGAUCAAUACACUUAAUGCACAAUACCAUAGCUGUAAGCCCCAUCCCACUGCUGGACCCCUUUACAGUGAUAAUAGUAACAUUAGCAAAUACAGUGAGAAAGAAAAAGAGGAAGAUAGUGUGUUUGAUGAAUCAGAUGUACAUGAUACACCGGUUGGAGCUUGCAACAAGGAACCACAGACAUUCUUUGCAAGACUGAAGAGGAUAGGGGGAAGUAAAUCAGUAAAAUAUCAACCAGUAGAGAUGAAUGCACAGAAGAGCUCAGAGAUAGAGCUGUCAGAGUACAGAGAUUCCAGCCUUUUGCCAGACAAUAUAAUGCGGUGUGGUACAUCUCCACAAUUGCAAGAGGGAGUUGCUCAGAAGAAAAAAUUAUAUGCAAUUAAGCAGCAGUCACUUGAUAUAGGAAACGCGGAUUCUGUCCUGUACUCCUUAGAUGAACAUCGCAGAAAGUCAUGUCUGGAUAGGUAUGAAUCAUUACGACAAGCAAGCUUCCCUUCCUGCUAUCCUCACUUGGCAAGCAUGUAUGGAAGACCAGAGCAGGACUUGUCUGUCAGUGCAGAAAUUGGAGAAGAUCAGGAAAAUAUUUCCGCUGCAGUAAACUCUCAAGAAGGGAAACGACCAUUAAUACCAGAAGUUAGACUCAGCUGCACGGAAACAUUUGAGGCAAAACUUGAAUCUCCUGAGAAACAUCUUUGCUUUCAUAAAGAAGAAAGUGAUUUGAUUGAUUUAUCUUCUGAUUCGUCAUCUGCUCCUGAGAAGCAAUCAAUUCUAUCAAGUUCUGAUAGCGAUUCUUUGGUCUUUGUGCCUCUUCCCCCUCUCAGAAUUGUAGAGAGUGAUGAGGAAUAUGAAAUGCAGAAUACCCCUAAUAAUAAAUCAAAUGGAAAAACUAAUGUGGUCUCUCAGAAUACUGCAUCACAUAGCUUAAAUGUUACACCAGUUGUAAAAGUUAAUGUUGAAGAUUGCUCCAAAGAGUCAAAAUGUCUGGAUUUUGGUAUGACUUCUUUGCUAGAUACUGAGAACAUUUUAUCAAUAGGUCUUGUAGAUGAAAAAGACUUUGAAAAUCUAACACCACAAAAAAAUUCUAAGUGUUCUGGCUGUGAAAGUCCACUAACUCUUAAACAGAAACGAGAAAACCUCAGGAAAUCAUCUGCUGUGGUUGAAAUAUCACAAGAUGAUACGGAUGAUUUGCAUAGAGAUGAUAUUAAAUCUGAAAGCCCAUUUCCAAGUCCCAUAGUUAAAACAGUAUUUCUCAAGCUGCCUUCGGAAAUCGAAGACAGUGAAAAACCAAACACAGAGGUGUCUACUGAUAAAGAUACUGAUCAAAAAGAUGAUAGUGGUGAAGAAACAGAAUUCAAAAUCCAGAUUGUUCCACGUCAGAAAAAACAAAGGAAGAUAGCUGUUAGUGCUAUUCAGAGGGAAUACCUUGACAUUUCCUUCAACAUUCUAGACAGAAUUGGAGAUCAAAGAGACACUGAUCAGUCUGUUAAAGAUCUUUCAGCUCUGGAUAUGCCAAGAGAAUCUGCCUCUGCUCCAACACUAGAAGCAGCUGUGCCAGAGACCAGUUGCCACUCUUCCGUAUCAAGUGCAACAAAAUCUAGUUUGCUUUCAGCACAGAGCAUAGUCAGUAUGUUUGUUCCUGCACCAGAAGAAUUUACAGAUGAUCAGCCAACGCUAAUGUCUGACAGAUGUCUUGACUGUGGGGCUGUUCUUGAAGAGUAUGAUGAAGAAACGUUGGGGUUGGCUAUUGUUGUACUUUCAACAUUCACUCACUUGAGCCCAGACUUAGCUGCUCCCUUGCUGCUUGAUAUUCUGCAGUCAGUCGGAAGAUUGGCGUCAAGCACUCUUUUCUCUGGUCAAGCAGAAAGCAUGAUGAUUCCUGGCAAUGCUGCUGGUGUGGCAAAGCAAUUUUUACGCUGCAUUUUUCAUCAGCUUGCUCCCAAUGGUAUACUUCCACAGCUCUUCCAAAGCAACAUUAAAGAUGGAAGCUUCCUUCGAACUUUGGCCUCGUCUCUAAUGGACUUCAAUGAGCUGAGUUCAGUGGCGGCAUUGAAUCAACUACUGGAGGGUUUAAACAACAAGAAGAACCUGCCAGCAGGAGGAGCCAUGCUUCGCUGUUUAGAUAACAUAGCCACUUACAUGGAAGCUCUGCCUAUGGAUUUACCCAGCAAUCUGUGGACUACAAUAUGCAAUCAGUUUCAAACAUUUCUGACCAAACUGCCGUGCAUACUGCCAUUGAAGUGCUGCUUGGAUUCUAGUUUAGCAAUCAUGAUAUGUCUUCUCAAGAUACCUACCACAAGUGCAACAAGGAGCCUUUUGGAGCCAUUUUCCAAAUUGCUGAGUUUUAUAAUUCAGAAUGGAGUCUUCAGCCUUGCGUAUCUUGUUGAAUUGUGUGGUUUGUGUCAUCGAGCAUUCAAUAAGGAACGGGAUAAAUUCUACCUCUCACGAAGUGUUGUAUUGGAAUUGUUACAAGCACUGAAGCUAAAGUCACCAUUACCAGACACCAAUCUAUUGUUGCUGGUGCAGUUUGUUUGUGCAGAUGCUGGAACAAAAAUAGCUGAAUCAACAAUCCUACAGAAACACAUGAUUGCAUCUGUUUCUGGAUACACAACGGCAGCAAUGGAAUGCAUGCGACAGUAUGUAAGUGAACUGCUAGACUUUAUCGCUGAUAUGCACACACUGACCAAAUUGAAGGAUCACAUGAAGACUUGUUCUCAGCCUUUGCAUGAAGAUACUUUUGGCGGGCACCUUAAAGUAGGAUUGGCACAGAUAGCAGCAAUGGAAAUUGCCAGGGGAAAUCAUCGCGAUAAUAAAGCAGUCCUUCGCUACUUGCCUUGGCUAUAUCAUCCUCCCUCAGCCAUGCAACAAGGUCCAAAAGAAUUUAUUGAGUGCGUUUCCCAUGUUCGUCUUUUGUCAUGGCUGCUGCUGGGAUCUCUUACACAUAGUGUUGUGUGUUCAGGAUCCACUUCAUGCAUGCCCAUUCCUUUGGAUGCUGGUUCACAUAUUGCAGAUCAUCUUAUAGUUAUCUUGAUUGGAUUUCCUGAACAAUCCAAGACAUCUGUAUUACAUAUGUGCUCCCUAUUCCAUGCAUUCAUAUUUGCCCAACUUUGGACAGUAUACUGCGAACAAGCAGCUUCUAUUCCGACACUACAGAGCCUGAAUGAGUUUGUUUGCACAGCCACUUUGACAGCCCUCGAAUUCUGGAGUCGGGUGACACCUAGCAUUUUACAGCUGAUGGUUCACAACAAAAUGAUGGUAGAAAUGGUUUGCUUGCAUGUUAUCAACCUGAUGGAAGCUCUACAGGAAUGCAACUCAACCAUCUUUGUGAAGCUGAUACCAAUGUGGUUACCAAUGAUUCAGUCAAAUUUAAAGCAUCUUUCAGCGGGUCUGCAGUUGCGCCUUCAAUCAAUCCAGAAUAAUGUCAACCAUCAUGUCUUGCAGUCUUUCCAGGGAUCUGGGCAGAUGAGCACAAAUUCAUCAGUACUCCGUAAAUGGCUGCAAUGUACUCAGUUCAAAAUGGCUCAGGUGGAAAUACAGUCAUCAGAAGCUGCAUCUCAAUUUUAUCCUCUUUAAAUUGCCUUUUUAUGUACCCUGACUUGAAGGAGUAGUAUCUCUUGUCAGGCCUGUUAUGCUGAUAACACAUUAGAUGCAUGUUGGCAACUGAACAGCCUCUGUGUGUGUAUAUAUAAUCAUUUUAUCUACUUUAUAAAUAUUGUAAAAGAUUAAUUAAGUGUUGCACAUAAAUACUAUAAUGAACUCAGUUUUAUUAGAGAAAGUAUUUUGUAAUUUAAUACUAUAGAUUGAUCAAUCUUAUACGUCAAUUGAACUGCACAGAGUGUUUGAGAUGUCAUACACUAUCUACAUAUCUGUUUAUAAAAGUCUUUUUAAAUGGACUAUUUCACAUGCCUUUGUCUUCUGUGAGUUGUUUAAAUUACCAUUAAAUUAGCACAUUUGAGUGAUACUGUACCUUCCUAUAAUCACUUUGUUGUUGAAAAUACAAUUCCUGAUUAGAUUACUAUUUUUGUUUGUUCAAAGCAUAUUUGUUCUUUCCCUUAUCUAACAACACUCUUGUAAUAUUGGCAAACAAAUGUAAUGUCAGUUCUGAUAUCGUGUUCUUCUGUAUAUUCUCUAUUGGAAUAUAUGCAGGUGUACUAGAAAAUGUGCUGUUUCUUUGCUCUUGACAUUUACUAAAACUGUACCUUUCUCUGUACAUCAAAAAAUCUACUUAGUGUCCCAAUUCUAUCUCUGGAAGAAUGCUAACUCCUAAAAGUAUCAAGUAUGUGAAAACAUAGUAUUGAGGAUAUACUUUGCAAUAAUAUUGAAAUGAAACUGAUUUACCUGUUCAGCUGCUGGUUUUCCACUAGCCUGUAGGUGUAAAUAGUAUCUUUAGAUCAAUGUAAACAUGAUUGAAAAUUGGGUAGAAACUGGUCAUUUUAGUAUCCAGUAGAUUGUAUAUACUUUCCUGUAAAUUAUUGCUCAUAUCAUGAAAUUAGAUGCAUAUUUUGUGGAACAAUGAAUAUGUAAUUCUAUAGUGGAAGAUAAAAGCGUAUUUUCUAAGUUAAAAAUGGUCUAGUGUAAAUUACAAUUAUUUUUGUUUGAUAUUCGUUUUCCUAUUUCUCUUCUGAUUCCUAUUGGUCACUUUAACUAUUUACCUUUGCUCAUCUGUUUCAUCUUGAAAAAGAUAGACUGAUGUUGAAUAUCUACAAUUCAGUAAUUAAGCUGUAAGAAUCAUACUUGUAAAACAAAACGGUUGAGAUGUCAGUUUUGCCACUUACUUUGAAAUGAACAAAGUUUACCAGUGAAGGAAGAAGAUUAGAACAAGGCAUGUGGAUUUGUUAAUGAGUAUUAUAAGGGCUUACAACACUGUAGAUUUAUAAAGAAAAUAGUGUUAACAGUUGGAGCUGAGUAUGCAGUACAUACAAAACCUGCAUAUUUAUUGUUCUUAAAAUUACUAGUGACUUCCAAUUUUGAUCAAAAAUGCUGUAUUAGUAGAUCUUUAAAAAACAAUUAAUUAGUUGAAAUCUGUUUUUGUGUAAACGUAUCAAAACAAUGAUUCAAUUUAAAUGCUGUUAUAUCAUCUUGAUAACUGCAAAUUUAAAGGGCAGAGCUUUAAGUUCACACUUGAUGGCAGAGUGAGUAAAUUACCCAGCAGUGAGUGUAAUAACCAGAAAUAUUCCAGCUUCAAUCACUGAGAUGAAUUAAUCAAUUUUAUUUGGGUGACCUUUGGUUUCAGUGCUGUGGGAAAGGGACAGGCUGCAGGCUGUUUUAGAUAUAAAGGAGACACUUCUAUUGCAAGGUUUUUUAGACAAGAUUUAGAUUGAUAGCAAUACUAACAACAGCGGAAUAAUUGCUAGUGUUAUUUUUGCACCCACUUGCUUUUAAAAACCUUUUCCAGUCAGGCUUUACUGUGAAUGUGUUCAUAACUGAUUUUUUUUAGUUGCAUCGAUUACACAUUGAUGUAACAUCCCUUGAGCUCUCCAUUUUAUUUAUUAAUAAGAGCAUUCACUUUAAUAUUAAGACUCAAGGAAAAUUCCCCAUUUGUUUGUGCUUCAUUGCUGUAUUUUUUUCUAUAUAUUUCGAAAAAUUGUCCACACUGUUUGGAAAUGGAUUGGAAUGUUCUUCAGCAAUACUCAUAGGAUCAAUCUUUAAGAACCUAUGUUUAGUCUGUUGUGGGACUUCAAGUAUAAUCAUGUUUUGUUUUCUUCCCUAAUAUGUUAAUAUUGCAGUUUUUGAAACAGUAUAAUUUCUCCAUAUUAAACUUCAUGCAAACACAGGAGAAGCAAUAUCUAGUUUUUUAUGUUCAACCAUACAUACUCAUGUACACAUUUCAUUAUUUCAUUUCAUUAUCAGAGGCAUGAUCUUACAGUACCUGCCAAAGUGGUUAAAUAAUAAAAUUUUGGAGGCUGAAGUAUUGCAAAAGAAAGAAUGACACUGGGAUAUUCAUUGCAAAGUUGUUCACCUUGAAUGCUUCCCAGAGAAUAUUUCUCUUAAAAUGUUCAGCACUAUCAUUGAAGAUCAUAAUAACAGAAAUUCAUGAUGCAGAAAUGAUUGCCAACUAUUGUUAGAAAAUUAUUUUCUACAUAUUAAACCACUUGGAACUUAAUUUUGCCAGACAUUGUGUUGUCUCGUUUUAAUUAGAUUUUGCUUGGAAAAUAUUUUUCUUUUAAAUAAAAGACAAUAACUUUUACUUCAAAGAUAUGUGAAAUUUGUCGUAAGGAAAGUUGGUGGAAAGAAAAUGUCAAGAAAAAUGAAAACCGCCAGCUGACCAAUAGCACUAGCAUAUUCUGGAAAAUUAUGUAUACAAUCCAAAAUCAUUCUCAAUUUGUGGUUCUCAGAAAAAAUAUCAAGUCCAAGAUCUUGUUUUUUAAGCAUUACACUUCAAAGUAAUAAUGCAAUCAUAUAACAAAAGUGUUAUGCUUUACUCCUGGGAAUUAGGAAUUUAUUUCAUUGUGGGAGAAAAAAGAUCAACUUUUUGUAUCUAACUCCACCCACACUGUUAUUUAUGCCAUGCAGAAAGCAGCUCUGUGAUGUUAUUGUAAUAUUGCUGCAGUGUCCUAAAGCCUUUACAUAACAUUAUCCAUUUAGGAAAAUUGAGUGCUAACAUUGAAAAACAAUCCCUUUACAUAUGGACUGUAUCAUUAUAAAGAACUUCUGAAAUGCAGGGGCAAUGUGUUUGAAAGGACAAGAAUUGGUUAAUGGGCAGAAAACAGAGUUAAAAUAAACAGGCUGUUUUGAGGUUGCCAGUCAGUGAUGAGUAGGGUACCAUGAAGAUCAGUGCCUGGGUUCCAAGUAUUCACAACCUAUAUUAAGGAUUUGAAUGUGAGGACCAAAUACAAUAUUUCCAAAUUUGCUGGUGGCACAAAAACUAGGUGGGGAUAUGUGUUGUGAAAAGGAUGCAAAAAACUUAACGGAGAUUUAGACAGGCUCAGCAAGUGUGACAGAUGGAAGAUGGAAUAUAAUGUGAAAAAAUGUGAAGUUAUCUCACGUUGUAGUAAAAGCAGAAAUGUGGAAUCUUGAAUGGUGAGAGAUUGAGAAGUGUUGAUGUCCAAAAGGAACUGUGUAUCUGAGCUUAUACGUCAGUGUAAGUUAAUUUGUAAAUAAAGCAAGCAAUUCAGAAGAUAAAGGGCAUGUUGACCUUUAUUGCAGGAAGAUUUGAGUGCUGGAGUAAAUCAAUCUUAAUGUAUUUUACAUAAAUGUUUGGUAAGAACGCAUCUGGAGUAUUAAGAGUGCAACACGGUAGGCGGCACGGUGGCACAGUGGUUAGCACUGCUGCCUCACAGCGCCAGAGACCCGGGUUCAAU